GUAGCCCCACAACCCAGCCCCAACCCAGCCGCUCCUGCCCCCAAACAUUCUCUUUGUUUUCAUUACUUUUAUUACUAUUUUAGCACUCUUAUGUGAUUUGAUUGCUAUUUUUGCCUUACCGUGGCUUCUUUCGUCUAAUUAGGUGUUGCUUUGAUUGCUAACUACUUGUGCUACUACUGAACUCUUUUAUUGUUAUUUGUAUUGUUGCUCUUCUCUUCUUUAGCGGUGGUUUGCAACUACUUUUUUGUGUUAGUAGUCUCGUCUCUGCUUUGCUUUUUGGUGCUGGUGUGUAGGUGUAGUGGCGAGGGUUAGCAAUGUAGCUCUAAGGUCAUAUCCCGGGGUUGGGGCGGGUGUGGGAGGUUCUCGGGGGGGUAAGGUAGUGUCCCAUGUGCGUUUCAGCUCAUGGAACAUAGGGACCCUCACGGGUAAGUCAAUUGAGUUGGUGCAAGUUCUCAAGAGGAGAAGGAUUCAGGUGGCGUGCGUAUAGGAAACCAGGUGGGUGGGCACUAAGGCACGAGAGGUUGAUGGUUUCAAACUGUGGUACUCAGGUUCAGCUAGGGGAAGGAAUGGAGUCGGCAUUCUGGUGGCACCGGAGCUGCGGGAGUUUGUGGUGGAGGUGAAGAGGAUUAGUGAUCGUCUGAUGUUUAUCAAGUUGGUUUUGGGUGGGUGUACGAUCAAUGUCGUGAGUGCUUAUGCCCCGCAUGUUGGCCUGGCAGAUGAAGUAAAGAGGGAGUUUUGGGACGCCUUGGAUGGGGUGGUUGUUGGUUUUCCACUGACUGAAAAAGUCGUCAUUGGAGGCGACUUCAAUGGCCAUAUUGGAGAAUCAGCCGAUGGCUUUGAGGACAUGCACGAUGGUUUUGGAUUUGGCAGCAGGAACCCAGCGGGAGUUUCACUCUUGGAGUUUGCUAGAGCGAGUGAUAUGGUGGUUGCUAACUCUUGUUUCCCCAAACGAGACGACCAUUUGGCUACCUUUGUUAGUGGAGUGGGGACGACACAGAUCGACUAUUCCGAGUGAAAACGUCACUACCCAACACAAGCUUCUCGUGAUGGAUGUUAUGAUCAGGUGGGAGAAACAUAGGAGAGCUUCGAGUGGCAACACACAAAUCCGGUGGAGGAGACUCAGUGCGGAGAAUAUUGCUGAGUUGACCAAGCGAGUGCAUGAGAAAGAUGCGUGGGAAUCGACCGGAGAGGCUACUGAUAUGUGGGUGCGGACUGCUAACUGCAUCAGGGAAACAGCCAGGGAAGUGUUAGGUGUGAGCUCUGGCUCUAAGAGUAGGCAUCAGGGUGAUUGGUGGUGGAGUGAUUUAGUCCGAAGCAAGGUGGAAGCUAAGAAGGUGGCGUAUUUGAGGUACAUGGGCUGCAAUGUUGAGGAGGAAAGAGCGGCGUUACGAGUGGAGUACAAGAAAGCACGUAAAGAAGCUAAGUUAGAGGUAACGAGGGCAAAGAAUGCCGCUUUUGAGCGCCUCUACAAGGAUAUUGAGGAAAAAGGCAGUGUAAAUCCACUGUUCCGGCUUGCUAAGGUGCGUGAGAGGAAGGCCCGAGAUCUGGAUCACGUGAGAUGCGUGAAGGGCAGCGAUGGUAGAGUGUUAGUUGAGACUGCCAAGGUGGCUAAGCGCUGGGGGGAGUACUUUAGUGAACUCUUAAAUGCGGGAGGAGACCAGAGGCUAGGUCUUGAUGAGUUGGGACAACCUGGGGCGUCUCGUGUGUAUUGCCGGCGCAUUUGCCUGGAGGAGGUGGUUCGAGCUCUCCGCGGGAUGCGUAGUGGGAGAGCUUUGGGACCAGAUGAGAUUCCAGUGGAAUUUUGGAAGCACGCGGGUCGUGGUGCGUGGGUUUGGUUAACCAAACUCUUCAAUGUUAUCCUCCGGACAGCAAGGAUGCCUGAUGAGUGGAGGGAGAGUCUCUUGGUCCCUCUGUUUAAAGGGAAAGGUGACAUUCAGAGCUGCGAGAAUUACAGAGGCAUCAAACUGCUUAGCCACACCAUGAAGGUUUGGGAGCGUAUCAUUGAGUAUAGGGUGCGGAAAGGGGUUUGCAUCUCUGAGAACCAGUUUGGUUUCAUGCCUGGCAGAUCGACUACAGAGGCCAUUCAUCUCGUGAGGAGGUUAAUGGAAGAAUAUAGGGCUAGGAAGAAGGACCUUCAUAUGUGGAGAUACGGCAUCCGAGUAGCCAUCUCCAAUUGCAUGUGAUUAUGUCUUUGUUGAUUUCAUAUAGAUGAACACCUUCAUCUUAACCAGGUCACUCUACAUUUGAAUGGCAACUUUGAAAGCACGCAUAUGCACUUCUUUUCCUUCUGAUAAUUUUUCCAUUUAUGAACUCAGU